AUGGCUCAGCAAGGCCCGUCACAGCCUUCACCAGCGUCUUCGACAACAAACAACCCAAUAGUAGCAGUUGGCAGGAAAGUAAAGUCGGUUUUGAGCACACAAGAACGUCCUACCAUUCGAAUUUACCGCGACUCUUCAUCGACUCCAGACCCACGAAAUGUGCCCGUAACUAGAGAUUUUUCGGAGAAACCUACAUCUACCUCGUUACCUUAUGGAAGUACACAGCAAAGUCGCACAGGAAAUUCUGAGCAAUCUGCCACUCAAGCAGCAUCCCAACCUCUUCCAUCUCAAGGAAAUGCAUUUACAAAUCGUUUCAGAUCAUUAUUCUGUCGUCAUGAACACUCUACCGAACCCGAUUCGUAUGAUCAUGAAUACGAUCCUGAUAUGGUGGAUUUGUUAGAUGUAGUAGGCAUGUAUCCCGAAAUAUCUACCCUCUCCACCCUUACCAAUGUUCAAAACUCCCUUUUCGUGCCUCAAAUGGGAAGGAUUAUCAAUCGUCAGCCUACAUACAGACUUUCGGAUCGCCCUGGAGAAGUACGCACCAUUGAUAAGAUCAAAGCAAAGUUGAAGAGUUUACGAAGUCCAGAAAAUCGAUCGGAUGAUGAUACAUGGAAGCAGCCGAACUUGGAAUAUGCUGUUUUACCUGAUGGAGAAAGACUCGGUGGUUGGUCACCUGCGGAAGUAGAAGAACUAGAUGACCUUGUUAGGCAUCAACUUCAUUCUCGACGAGCAAAAUUCAAACGUUCAAUGAAAGGUUUUGGACAGUAUGUUCGAAGACGUAAGUUAACCAUUUCAUCUAUAUUUGGGACUUCAGUUGACCAUAAUUUCGCAGCUCUCGGGUUGUUCAUUACGGUCUACACAACCUUAAUCACCCUAUUUGGUGCAGCCUGGGUCCUCUUCCUCAUCGGUUGGAUAUCAUUAGGUUCUCAAAAGGCUUACAUAGUGAACGUUGUCGAUAACGUCCUCGUAGCUCUCUUCGCAAUUAUCGGUGAUGGUCUAGCCCCUUUCCGCGCAGUCGAUACCUAUCAUAUGGCCUACAUAGCACACUACCACCGCAAAACUUGGAAACGUCGUGAAAAGCUCGGUCUCCCAGAACUAUGGGAUCACAAUGAUCUUCCCGAACAACGCAAGGAAGAAAUCGCUCCACCCCCUCAACUCGAUCUCGAGAGUCUAUGCGCCCGCCGAAUGCCCAAAAGUCUCGCACGCAGAAUCGCUCCACGGAUACCAAAGAAAUAUGCCGAUAGAAUGCUCUCUCGCAAUCAAACAGAAGUAGAACCAACUUAUGAAUACACUGUCCUCACCCCAGAAGAACAAACCAUUCUCGAAUUCCACGAGCGAAAAUUCUCUAAAAGCCAUACCUUCUACAAACUUCAUGAAACAGAAACCCACUACGCGUUCCCUCUCAAACUACUUUUCACCGUCGUCUUAUUGCUUGAUCUACAUUCUUGUCUUCAAAUCACCUUGGGAGCAUGUACAUGGGGAAUACCCUAUGAACAUCGACCGUUCGCCCUCACAACCGUAAUUUUAUGCUGCAGUAUAACCUGCAACAUCAUGGGCGGAGUCCUAAUAUCCAUGGGCGACAAACGCACGCGCAAACACGAAGUGAUUGAGAAAAUGAUGAAACAAGAACUCACAUCCGAAGCCAUCGAAUCCAUAAACACAAGGAGAGUUACAGAAGCGGAAGAAAGAGGGGAAAUCGAUCCGGAAAUUCGGAAAAAGAGAGAGGAAGAAAGGAACAGGGAGGAAAAUGAAGAGAUCAAGAAGAGUUGGAAGAGCGUACCGAGUUUGCCGAAGAAAUUGUUGGGGAAGGGCGAGGAUCAUAGACAGCCGAGUUUACCGGUGGAGGCGAGGAGUUCGAGUUCGAGUAUGCAUGUGGAUUCGUCGAAGAGAUUGGGUGCGGGUUCGGGUUCUUCGGGAGAUAAGAUGGCGAGUAGGAGUGUUAGCGCGACGUUGAAAUCUGUGCAGGAAAAUCCUACGGUAGCUCAGCCGACGUAUCCGCAACCGGCAGUGGUGAAGCAGGAGGGGGUGACACCGCCGAAAAAAGGGGUGGGACAGAGGGUUUUGGCGGGGUUUAGAAAGGCGGAUUUGGAUAGGAGCUAA